AUGCCUUUUGAGUUCUCGCAUGAUAGAGAACUAACUCUGCAGGACUUGCCCACCAAGCAACAAGCAGUCCAAUCUGCUCUCGAAUUUGUAAAGCAGAUUAAAAUAAGCUGGACAAAGGGGAAACAAUACCAUGAUCAAGGACAAGUUGUCCAUACUUACAACACGCGUCACGGGAACGACUUCUGGAUGGCCCGCAUUUCACAUCACCCCAACCCCGUGGGGAAGGGGAAGAAACCCAAGGCUGACGACGAAAUCACAUUUGAAGUGUUUAAAGAGUUUGUUUUAGAAAAUCACACAGCAAACGAACUCAAAUAUAUUCCACUACUGAAUGCAUACCGGACUCAUGAAAACGAUAAAACUAUUCCCGAAGACUCGCCUGAGGGCUGGAAGGCAUAUACUGUCCACUACAAAUUCCCCAAGUUAUUUUCGGAUCGUGAGAUGGCGGUAUGGGUUUUGGCAGUUCAGCCUGACCCCCAGGUAAAACAAUUUUUCGUUAUUUCACUGCCAUCUGCACACACAGUAUCUACGCACCUGACACGAGCAGUAUAUUGUGCCAUUGAGGUUGUCACAUUUAAGGAGGAGGAAGGCCAUGUUGAAUGGCUCAUGGCACAGACAAGUGAUGCGCGUGGAAGUAUCCCCAGAUGGAUCCAGGAUAAGUCUGUAACGGCCAGUGUGGCAGCCGAUGUUCCAUCAUUCAUUGGAUGGGCCAGCCAGCAGAUUGAGGAAAGGAAACAAAAAAAAAGAGAAGAGAAAAAUGAAGAAGAAUCUGCUGUUGAUGCCACUGCUGAAAAGGCAGGCAACGCUGCGCUUGAAAAUAAUGCUGUAGGCACAAGCCACACUGGAGCAGGCAGCGUUACCGGUGCUCUUUAG